AUGCCCGAAUCAGAAGAAGGCAACGCCCUUGGAAAGCCACAUGUUGCACAUCGCGGCAUUGCCGCUUGCAAAACCAAAGCCAGAGAAGCAAUUUACUGGUCCAGUAUGAAUCAAGACAUCGAAACCCUUAUUGGUCGGUGUCAGACUUGCCAACGGUACCAGAGGAAUAAUCAGAGGGAACCUCUCGAAGAUCGCAUCAUUCCCACACGCCCUUGGCAAAGGAUUGGGCUGGACCUGUUCUACCUGAAGGGUGCCACUUACCUUCUCAUUGUUGACUAUUUUAGCAAAUUUGUCGAGCUGCAAUCAAUGAAUUCAACAGCAGUGCCAGCUGUAAUCAACGAUGUAAAAGCAGUCUGCGCACGGUUCGGUUUGCCCGACGGGAUCGCUUGCGACAACGGCCCGCCUUUCGACUCUCAAGAAUUUAAGGGAUUUCUGCCAACUUGGGAUAUAGUUCACAACCCUACAGCGCCAUAUAACCCAAGGUCGAAUGGCGUGGCUGAGCGAUCGGUACAAACUCUAAAACACUCACUGCUCAAGGCAUCUGAAGACGGUACCGACCUCUUUCUCGUACUUAAAUACGUACUACAGAAAUACGCCUUCGGAAGGCUUAAAGUCCCCUGCGGAGCUACUAAUGGGAAGAAGGAUCAGAACGUUAGUUCCCACUCUUCCGCAGCGGCUGAAGCUCCGGUUUCCUUGCACCAAUGCCUACCGGCAGCUUAA